UCUUUCUUUAUAACGCCCAUUCCCCUGAAAUCAUUGAACUCCGUAACCCAAACAUAAACCCCAACAAAAUCAUCAAAAUCAAAGCAUCAUAAACUGUAAAGUACGCAGAUUGAAAAAAUUGUACUUGAUUACCUCUGACAUGGCGUCCGGCAUGUUACCAUUUCGGCCGGCGGCAGUGGUCAGAGCUAGUAUCAGCGCCGAUGACCAGAAACCUGAAGCUAAAAAAACUCCAUCGUCUCACUGGUGGGCCCCGCUAUUCGGGUUAUCGUCGGACCCGGACUAUAUACAGUCCGACGAGAAGAAGAGCAACCCGGACCCGAGACAGUCGAAGUCCCGAUUCACUCCGGGCUCCUUCACGGAGGAAAAGGCGAAGCAGCUCCGGAGGAUGACAACUGAUACGUCGUCGUUCCACGAUAUGUAUCACUCCGCCAUCGCAUCAAGGCUCGCCUCCGAUUUCGCCGACGACCGGCGUACUCCGUGAGUGAUGUAUUUCUUAAUUAAUUAACUAAUUUGUAUAAAUAUUUGAAAAUUGUUAGAAGAUACAUGAUUGAUGUGGAUCUGAUGCGUAUAAGCUUGUUAAAAUUUUAAUCAAUAUGAUUAUGUAAUAAUGAUGAUGAUGAUGAUAAUAAUAAUAAUAAUAAUAAUGUAUUAUUCUCCUUGUAAAUCCUGUAAUCAGUACUUGAUGUGUGAUUAUGGUGAUAUAUUAAAGUAAUUGGCUUUUGGACUUUGUCA